UUAAUAUCCUUUUCCCAAACUCUUUUCUACAAAAUUGUUUUGCUCUCUUCGUUUUUUCCCCUUCUUCUUCCCUACAGACUACCCGAUUUUGCAUCUGAAUUCAGAUCAAGAAAGAGAAGGAUUCAAUAUAAAUGGCAGCUAUUUACAGCCUUUACAUCAUCAAUAAAUCAGGAGGGCUUAUCUUCUGCAAGGAUUAUGGUUCUGCUGGAAAAAUGGACACAAAUGAUAGUUUGAGAUUGGCUAGUCUGUGGCAUUCUAUGCACGCUAUCUCUCAGCAGUUGUCCCCAGUUAAUGGCUGUGCUGGUAUCGAACUCCUUCAAGCUGAUACAUUUGAUCUCCAUUGCUUCCAAUCUCUUACUGGAACAAAAUUCUUUGUGGUCUGUGAGCCUGGAGCUCUGCAUAUGGAGUCCCUCUUGAAGUAUAUCUAUGAAUUAUACACUGAUUACGUCUUGAAGAACCCUUUCUAUGAAAUGGAAAUGCCAAUUCGGUGUGAGCUCUUUGACAUAAAUUUAUCACAGGCAGUUCAGAAAGAUCGUGUUGCUUUGUUAGGGAGAUGAGCUUCUCAAGUUCAUAUGCCAUAAGUUGUUGACUGAUCUAUAAUUUGGCAAGUUUCGUUGACAGGUUCGGUUAUGCAUCUGGAAUGUGAUUUUUCUUUGUUGUUUCGAGAUAAUGGCUUGUAAGAUAAAUUUUGAGAACCACCCCAAAUAACAUUUUUUGUGCACAAUCACCAACUUGUCAUGGCUCCAUAUUUCUAUGGUAGGCCUAGAGGUGAAUUUCAUCUUACCUGAAUAUCCUAUUAUCUCUA